AUGGCCGAUGAAUUCGACCCAUUAAAACAAACCAUGGAUAAACCAGUUGAACAGUUAUAUCCAACAAUACAAAAAAAUACAGAAAAUAAGGAAGAUGAUCUUCUUCGACCUCAAUUUGAAAAUAUUUUCAAAACAGAAUUUAAUCAAACAAACACAUCUACGGAACAAAAAUCACAAGAAAACGUACAUCAAAAGCUUAAUCAUACACAAAAUGCAUCGAAAAUUCCGGCUCAAUCAACAAAUCCAUUUGAAGAAGAUGUUAAAAAAUCAUCACGUCCAAUUCAUGCUACUGAACAGUUUUCACAAGAACAAACGAGAACAGCAGUAUCUGAACAACAAAAACAACUGCAUUGUCAAGAUGGUCAAGGUUAUUAUAAUCAAGAUUACGACACAACAGAAGCAGAAGGUAGUUACUAUGAUGAAUAUUACGAAGAUGUAUCAUUAUAUAAAAAGAAAGGACUUUCUGGAAAAAUGGAUCGUCUUAUUCAACGAUUUCCAGUUUUAAGUCUUUUCUAUAAACCAACAACAUUAGAUCCAUCGCAAGCCUAUGAAUCUAAAGAUGAACAUGAAUAUACUGAACAAUUAGUCGAAAAUGAUAAAGAACCAGAAUUGGUUGAUGAAAAUCAAUUACCAUAUGAAUUAGAACCUGAUGAUUUAGCUUUACAUGAACGUUAUUCAAAUAAACUACGUACACAAAUAAUAGAUCUUCCAAUGAAAGAUCAACGACAACCAAUUGAUGUAUGUAUUCAUCAUGACACUUAUACAUUAUAUUCAUGUGAUGUUGGUCGAAGUAUUGUGGAAAUAUUUGAUAUGUAUGGAAAACUUCAACAUACUAUUAAUGAUUCAACAAUAAGUAAAUUUCAACCAACAGCUAUUGCUGUUGCAUAUGAUGGUACAAUAAUACUUUCAAGUCAUUUUCGUCAUUGUCUUUAUAUGUAUUCACCUGAUGAUUUACAAGUACCAGAAUAUGCUUCACAAAAUGAAAUUUUACAUGAUGGAUAUCAUUUUAAACAAUAUAAAUUAGGUACACCUGGUCAUGAAAUACAUCAAUUUCAUCAUCCAGCUGGUAUUGCUAUUGAUUUUACUGAUGGUUAUUUAUAUGUUUGUGAUCGAGGAAAUUUUCGUAUACAAGUUAUGCGACCAGAAGGAGUAUGUGAACGAAUUAUUGAUUUACUAGCAUAUCAUGAGGAAGAAGAAUAUCAAAUAGCUCCUAUGCAAAUAGCUCAUCAAACAAAUACAGAACAAAUUGUUUGUAUUGUUGAUCAGGGUGAUGCUAUAUGUUUUGUUCCAAAACAUGCUGAUGGACCAACAUAUGUUGAACCAUUCUAUAUUACUGAUAAUAAUGGAUUAGGUAUUCAAGGUGCUUCUGGUAUAGCUGUAGAUUCUAAUGAUCGAAUUUUUAUAUCGGAUACAUGUCAUCAUCGUAUUAUUAUUUGUACACCUGAAGGUGAUUAUAUAACACAUUUUGGUGUAGAAGGUACUGGACCAGGUGGAUUAAAACGUCCAUGUGGUUUAGAUGUAACAAUGGAUGGAACGGUUGUUGUUGCUGAUAGUGGAAAUAAACGAUUACAAUUAUUUGGUUCAGUACGUGAACAAACAAUUGACGAAAAUCAAGCUUCAACAAAAGAAUCGCAUAAUAAAAAUAGUUCAUGA